UUGCCAAUCACAGGCAAGAAGAGGGAUCAGGUGGGGGUGUGACUGUGAGAUUCAAUCUAGGUUAUCGCUGUCUUAUAUAAGAAGCCGGUUGGGGGUUUGACACACACUUGAGGCUUUUCUAACUCUCCUAAGGAGUCACAUAUCCAGAAAACUUUGUAGAAUAUAAUUUCUGAAGGAGGCUGUCAAGUAUGGUGCUGAGUAACCUGGCCAUGCUGACGGGGCUGUUUAAGGCGUACGGGCGCUUCUGCGUGUCGCACCCCUGGGAGGUGAUCGUGGGAACCAUCACGGCCACGAUAUGUCUGCUCUCCAUGAACAUGAUCACCAACAGCGACCGUGUCUGCGGCUGGAACUACAUCUGUAACGUAGAUGAGGACAUUAAAAGCAGUGAUGUGAUUAUCAUGAGCCUGACCAGGUGUAUUGCUGUCAUCUACAUCUACAUGCAAUUCCGCAACCUGAGGAAGUUUGGCUCCAAGUACAUCCUAGGCAUUGCCGGCGUGUUCACCAUCUUCUCCAGUUUUGUGUUCAGCAGUGCUGUGAUCCACUUCCUGGACAAGGAGAUCACAGGUCUGAACGAGGCCAUGCCUUUCUUCCUGCUGCUCAUCGACCUCUCCAAGGCCUCGGCCCUCGCCAAGUUUGCGCUCAGCUCCUCCAGUCAGCUGGAGGUUCGUGAGAACAUCGCCCGAGGCAUGGCCGUCCUGGGACCAAACUUCACCUUGGAUGCGCUGGUGGAGGUUCUUGUUAUUGGAGUUGGCACAUUGUCAGGUGUGCGGCAGCUGGAGAUGAUGUGCUGUUUUGGCUGCCUGUCCAUCCUGGCCAACUACGUGGUGUUCAUGACGCUCUUCCCAGCGUGUCUCUCUCUAGUACUGGAAUUGUCCCAGGACCGGAGUAAAGGCCCGCCUGUGUGGCAGCUGAACCAGCUGGCUGACAACAUCCUGGAUGAGGUGGAGGAACAGAAACCCAACCCAGUGGUGCAGAGAGUCAAGCUCAUCAUGGCCCUGGGACUAGCCCUGGUCCAUGCCCACAGUUGGCUGGUUCCAUCUGAGAAGGACACAAGCCUUCCUGACCCAGUGGGGCUGGGGGGCCUGAUGGGUAGGGCAGGUGUCCCUGCCAUACCUACAGCCCAGCAGAAAGUGGAACCUGACAUGCCUCUCUGGCAGUUCUACCUCACCUCGUGGUUGUCCAUGAGCUAUGAUGAGGUCCUGACACUGGUCCUGGCCCUAAUCCUGUCUGUCAAGUACAUCUUCUUUGAGAACAAUGAGAACAACAUCUCAUCCCUGCCUGCCAUGGAGAGGAGGAAGUCAGGGCUGGAGGAACCCUCCAGGGUACAGGAGAUGGAGAAGGAGGAGGAGGAGGUCAUCUCUAUUGAGAGUAGCACAUGUCUGUCCACCUGCACACAGACAGAUCCUGAUGAUUUCCCUGAGCCAAAGACGUCCUUUUUCCUGGGAGGAUCCAACGUCACGUCUCCAGCUGAUUCAGAAGCGGAGGAGUCUGAGCAGGAAGAGGAGGAGAUGGAUGACACACCCAGACCCCCCAGGUCUAUUGAAGAAUGUGCAGAAAUUCUUAACACCAAGGGAGCAGACACCCUGACAGAUGAGGAAGUACGGCAGCUCGUUCGCAGUAAGCACAUUCCUGGGUACAAGCUGGAGAGCAAGCUUGGCUCGGCUGAGAGGGGCGUGGACAUCCGCAGACAGAUGCUGACUGAACAGCUGCACAGACAGGAGGCACUGGAGAAACUUCCCUAUACCAGCUACGACUACUCAUUUGUGACAGGUGCGUGCUGUGAGAACGUGAUUGGCUACAUGCCUGUGCCGGUGGGCGUGGCCGGCCCCCUGCUGCUGGACGGGAAGGAGUAUCAGGUUCCCAUGGCAACAACAGAGGGCUGUCUGGUCGCCAGCACCAACCGUGGCUGCAGAGCCAUUAAGUUGUCAGGAGGAGCCAGGAGCUACAUAAUUGGUGAUGGAAUGACCAGAGGUCCAGUGGUCAGAAUGCCCAGUGCUGCCCAGGCCAGUGCACUGAAGAUAUGGCUACGAGACCUGGACAACAUAGACCUGUUGAAAGAGGCUUUCAACUCAACAAGCAGGUUCUGCAGGUUAGACAGCAUCAUGUCAGCUGUGGCAGGACGACAUGUCUACAUCAGGUUCAAGGCCAUCACUGGAGAUGCCAUGGGCAUGAACAUGCUCUCCAAGGGGACGGAGCAGGCUCUGAAAAAGCUGGAGGAGUUCUUCCCUGACAUGGAGCUGUUGAGUCUGAGCGGGAACUACUGCACAGAUAAGAAGGCCACGGCUAUCAACUGGCUGGAGGGGAGGGGCAAGUCUGUAGUGGCAGAGGCUGUCAUCAAGGGGGAGGAGGUCAAGAAGAUUCUGAAGACCUCUGUGUCUGCCCUGGUGGACCUGAACAUCAGUAAGAACCUGAUUGGGUCGUCCAUGGCGGGGAGUAUUGGAGGGUUUAACGCACACGCUGCCAACAUUGUAGCUGCCAUCUUUAUAGCCACAGGACAGGAUGCUGCCCAGGUUGUGGCGAGCUCCAACUGUAUGACCCUGAUGGAGGCCACAGGAGAGGAUGGAGAGGACCUGUACAUCAGCUGCACCAUGCCUUCCCUGGAGGUGGGCACUGUGGGAGGGGGGACUGUCCUGCCACCACAGAGGGCCUGUCUCAAGAUGAUGGGUAUUGACGGCUCCCACGACUCGGAGCCAGGCAUGAAUGCCAGACAGCUGGCUCAGGUGGUGUGUUCAACCGUCAUGGCUGGUGAGCUGUCCCUGAUGUCUGCCCUGGCAGCUGGUCACCUGGUCCGCAGUCACCUCAGACACAACAGGUCGAGGCUCAACAUGGCUCCAGAAGCAACUAAAAGUGAUCUGGCCUCAGAGUCGUUACCAAAACUGGCCAAUGGCAGAGAACCGGGGACGUGUACUGCCAAGGCAUCAUGACGAUGUUGUCUUUGAUAGCAUUUUGUCAGUUGUGGUAGGAGUAAUGUUAGUGAUAGAACCACUAGGCACAAUAAUACAGGAUGACUGUAUGUCAAAGGUAAAUGCUGCAUUAAGGUUUAGACAAAUCCAACAUCUCAAGAUAUUUUGAAUUUCAGGCUUUUAAGUCAGUUGAAGAUAAAUGUCCAUACAUGUAAAAGAUGAUAUUUUUCAGCCUGCUUUAUAAGAAUAUCCAGGACUUCCCAAACUCUGUAACAUCUACAUGAAAAGUGGUGCUUGUACUAUUCUACAUGUAGUAGAAUUAAUAAUGGUUACCUAAAAGUUUCAGCCAACCUUAAAAAGCCAGAAUGCGUUGCCAAGGAAAUUUCUCCCUGUAGAAUUCAUGUAUAUUUCUCGAGACAAUCGUAGAUAUGUAAAUUAUGUAAAAAAGCUCAAAUUAUAUCCCAUAUUUCCCUUAAUAUGGAUACUACGAUUAUGAUGUCAUAUCAUAAUAUGUCAGUAUUAGAUAUUGUUUUGUCAUGCUAAGGUUCUAUGUACAAGACUUGUGACAGUGUGUGUAUUAUACUGCUACAUUUUUGUGACUGAUGCUGAUGUGAUGUACUUCUGAUCAACAUUUGUAAAAAGUGAUAUGUUCAUUACAAAACAGACUGGUGUUUUUGUUAUUUUUGAAUAUGUAAAGAUCGUUUUAAUCCUGCUAAUAGAAAAUAAGUCAUACACAGGAGGCUGCAUCAUGGACAGUCAAGAAAAAUACCAACUUACGACUGAAUACAAUUUAUUGUCCAUUAGAAGUGGGGUAGAAUUCAGGAAAUAAGAUACAAAAGAAUUCAUCACCCUUCCUAGCUAAUUCAAAGUUGAGUCAAUUAGAUAUACUCAGCAAAGGGAAGCCUUCUUUCCACAGACUGCAUAAGCUCAUACAGCAAAAUCCCAUUAUAGUGAUUUACAGCAUUCUCCUACCAUAAAUGCCAAGUCACAAACAAAUGCCACAUCUACUCCAGUUGUGUACACUUUGACUGCUGUAGUGUGUAAAGUUGUCAGAGAAUUUACAUUAUUCAAUGCCAACAGUUAUUAGUGAGGACAUAUUUACAUACUGUACCAAGGAAUGCACGCCACGGAGUUUGCAUUGGUCAUUGCAUUGCAUGUCACGUCGUGUCCAGAGCACACCACUGCACACAAAGACCACGAAAAUGAAACUUCAAAGAAAGAAAUAUCCACCCUUUACAUGCAGCAUCCACUUUAAAACAUGUACAAUGUUAAACACUAUAGGCUGGCAGUCAUACCAAUUAACACUCAACAUAUGUUAUCAUUAGUGUCCAUAAUAUCGUAUUUCAUUUGAUAAGGAUGACUGCCAAGUUUUGAACUGUACAUGAAAGGUUACUCAUAAAUCAGAUACUGUCUGCAUACAUAAUGAAAUAAAAAAAAAGUUCUUUUCACUGUACAUGUAUUAACUAGUGUUUGGCAACCUUGUACACCUGCUGAGCUGGAUAACAGUUAAAGACACAGGGGGAAGCUGCUAUAUCAUUAAGAUGGUAUGGCAGUAAAUAUGGUGCACUGUGUCCAGUGUAGUUUGUUCACAACAGCACUGCCUUCAACAAGCAGGAUAAAAGGAUUCAGUUGCCAGUAUUAUCUCCUGAUAUGCCAGACAUAUGUUGGUAUCUUAAUAAUGCAUGCUAGGCCAGACAAAUGUAUCCCAGUCAUUGUCUUACAAAUAUAAAAGCCAGUGAAGUUUUAUGGAGUUAGCAAGGGGUAAAAAUAAAAUAAAGCUGCUUUAAAUACAUACAGCAGCGGGAUGCUUUGUACACUUCUAUGUCAGUUUGAGUCCCAAAAUCUGAGCAGUAGUGACAUGAUAACCCAAGUAACCACCUCAUGCCCUGACCACUGAUAGGAACAGACUGGUCCUGGCAUGUGAUGCAUUAUCUUGUCUUAGUUAUGGCCCAAGAACUGACCCAGUAUUCAAUUCUACUCACAAGCUUUCCAUGUGAAAAUUGGCUGCUGGAAUUGACUGUUGGCAGUUUCUCAGUAUUCUGCUUUUUUCAACAGUGGGGGCAAAAAAAA